AUGGAGAGUCAGGUCUGUGGAGAGGAGAGUCAGGUCUAUGGAGAGUCAGGUCUGUGGAGAGUCAGGUCUGUGGAGAGGAGAGUCAGGUCUAUGGAGAGUCAGGUCUGUGGAGAGGAGAGUCAGGUCUGUGGAGAGUCAGGUCUGUGGAGAGGAGAGUCAGGUCUAUGGAGAGGAGAGUCAGGUCUGUGGAGAGUCAGGUCUGUGGAGAGGAGUCAGGUCUGUGGAGAGGAGUCAGGUCUGUGGAGAGUCAGGUCUGUGGAGAGGAGAGUCAGGUCUAUGGAGAGGAGAGUCAGGUCUGUGGAGAGUCAGGUCUGUGGAGAGGAGUCAGGUCUGUGGAGAGUCAGGUCUGUGGAGAGGAGAGUCAGGUCUAUGGAGAGGAGAGUCAGGUCUGUGGAGAGUCAGGUCUGUGGAGAGGAGUCAGGUCUGUGGAGAGGAGAGUCAGGUCUGUGGAGAGUCAGGUCUGUGGAGAGGAGAGUCAGGUCUAUGGAGAGCCAGGUCUGUGAAGAGUCAGGUCUGUGGAGAGGAGAGUCAGGUCUGUGGAGAGUCAGGUCUGUGGAGAGGAGAGUCAGGUCUAUGGAGAGUCAGGUCUGUGGAGAGUCAGGUCUGUGGAGAGUCAGGUCUGUGGAGAGGAGAGUCAGGUCUAUGGAGAGUCAGGUCUGUGGAGAGUCAGGUCUGUGGAGAGUCAGGUCUGUGGAGAGUCAGGUGCUUUUGUGUUUCUAA